GACACACAAACACGGCUGCUGUCAGAUAAAAAUUGUGUAAAAAUACUUUUUCAUUAUUAAACAAAAAAGGAUAAUUAAUCAAUGUAUUAAAUUGGAAGAAUAUUGUUUGUUUUGUUCACAAUUCAAAUAUAUUAAGAAAUAAUAAAUUAUUAAUUAAAAGUAUUAUGACUUCUAGUCUGGGUUUUUAUUUAAAAACAAAAAAAGUAUUGGAUUCAAACAGUUUUGAAGACGAUGAUCUAUUUGAAAAUGAGGAGGACGAUGAAGAUUUUGAUAAUCAAGGAUAUUUACAGGAAGUACCUUAUACUUCUAGUAGUGUAGAUAGAAGUUCGAUUGGUUCCAUUCCUUGGGCUGACGAUGCUAUCAAAAUAAACAAAAUGGAAUGGGAAAAAGUUGAAAAAAUGUUGAGUGGUUUGGAGGCAUUAACAGCUGUGGAGGAUGAUUUGAGAAAGGAAAUCUUAGACUGGCAAAAGAAAUUUCCACAAUUACUCAAUAAAAGAAAAUAUAAAAUGAAAAAUUUAAGUACAGACUCUUUGGAUAUAGAAUCAUUGCCUAGUAUUGAUUUAACAUCUGAGGAAGAAGAUGAAGAAACUGAAGAUAAAUUAACUUUAACCAGAGAUCGCAUGGCGAAAGUAUCAAUAACUCCCACACCACCCAUACGGAAAUCGUCAGAAGAGGGUAACAACUUGUGUCAACUAAUGGACAAUUUUACACUUAAUUCGGUGCCUUUGAAAUUAAGUCAACGAGAAACCAAUAGAGCACUAAUGAAUAAAAGAAAAUGUGCAAGCUCAACCUCCUCUUAUUCAUUGCGUUCUCCGCCAACGCCGCUUCAACAAGUUCCUUUAGCCACUACUAACACCAAUCGUUUCCGCAUGCCUCCCAUAUUAAAUGUAUUAGACUCUCGAAGGAAAUUUCGAAGUUUGGGCCAAAAGCAAAAUCCUAGUUUUGUGCAAUUGACACAAAUCCAACAGGCCAAGUCGGCUGCUGUAGCACAAGAACAAAAAACCCGUUCCCGUUUUCAUACAGGACAUCGGUCAGCUUGGCAUGUUCCCUUGGCUGCUAAUCGUUUCUUCAACAAUCGUAAUUCAAUUAUUUUGCCAUCCAUAUCAAGUAGACAACAAGUUAUUCAACAAUACAGCACACAACCUACAACAACGUCAACAACUAGUGAGUUGGGCACCUCAAAUACAACGCCCUCAUCUAGCGGACCAAACAGGUCAAACUUACUGAGAACAAAUAACAAUAAUAGCUUUACACACAACUUAACGACCAAGCACCACCUAGUAUUAGGUGGUUUUACGACGAAUGCCUCAACACAAACCAAUAGUUCGAAUACAACGGCAUCUGGAAGAUCAGUAUCGGCUGCAAUACAAUAUCCAAGAGUUGCUACAUUUAAUGCUUUAUAUUUACCGUAUAGUGCCUCGAAAUUUCACGCAUUCAAAUAAGAAAGUUUUCUAAUAAUGUACCAAAGAUAAUAAUAAACAAUUAUUUUUAUAUAUGUAUGUAAAUGAAAAGAAAAAGCGUUUAUUUAAAAGUUAGAACAUAUUUAAAAACUUUGUUUAUUAAAUACUAAUAACUUGCAAAUUUUCAUGUUUAUAUGCUAAAAUUAUCCAAACGUAAUCUUCCUUCAUUUUCGGUUAAAUACAAUAAAUCCGAUAAUGAUUGUUCACAUAUCAACUCUUCUACUCGGUCAUACAUCUAAAAGUUUAAAAGGUUUAGUUAGAGGGCAAUUAAUUUCAAAAUAUUUGAUUACACUUCUUCUUACCCCCUUUGCUUUAUAAUUUGUUAAAAUUUCUGGAUAUUUAAAAGUUGGUCCGAAAUUUACACUCACUGUAGCACUUUUAUGUAUUGAUAUAGUUGGAUAAUAUGAUCCUGCAUAAAUAUCACUGAAUGCUACACCCUGAGAUUGUCCAUUUUUAAAAAAUUCUAUUUUACUACCCGGUGCUAUGCGUAAAUUUUUUAAUGUCUCUUGGAUUUUGUCCUUGUCCUCAUAGUAGAGAUGUGAUUUGAAUUUAACAAGUGGC